AUGGCCGACAAGAAGAAGCAACUCGUCUGGAACUUUAUCGACUUUCUGAAGACCUCGCAGCAGGAUGGAACCGUAAAGGAGGACGACAAGGAAUCGCUCGAUGUGGCCAUACAAUGCCUCUCCGAAGCCUUCGAGGUCGACCCGGAAUCCGCCGAUGACACCCGUCAAUACAGCAUCAAACCGGCGAGCCUACAGUCCAUCUUCGAAGUCGCCCUCAAGACCUUGAACGCCAAAAAGACCCCCGCCGCUGCCGAACCUAGCUCCAGCUCCCAAUCAACCUCUUCGCCGGCCGACAAGACCCCCUCAGCCGAUGACAAGAAAAAGGCCGAAGCGUUAAAGAUGGAGGGCAACGCGUUGAUCUCUGCCAAGUCGUACAGCUCGGCCAUUCAAAAGUACAACGAGGCCAUCGCUUUGGACCCCACAAACCCGGUCUACUACUCGAACCGAGCCGCUGCUUACAGCGCCGAGGGGAGCCACGAAAAGGCCGUCGAGGACGCAGAGGAGAGCUUGAGACGUGAUCCCAAGUUCGUCCGAGGUUAUUCUCGAUUGGGCCACGCCCAAUACUCUAUCGGCAACUUCUCCGCCGCCGUCGAAGCAUACACCAAAGGUCUCGAGCUCGACGGCAGCAACGCCAACAUGAAGGCCUCGCUCGCACAAGCCCAAAGCAAGGCCAAGGAACAGGAAGCUCAGCUCGACCGAGAGGCCGACGAUGAUGUCGAUGACGAUGCCGUCGCACCCGGUGUCGGUGCUAGUGCCGGUGGGAUGCCCGACUUGAGCGCUCUCGCCGGCAUGUUCGGUGGCGGUGCUGGUGGUGGAAUGCCAGACCUAGCUUCGAUGAUGCAAAACCCCAUGAUGAUGCAGAUGGCUCAGCAGAUGAUGGCCAACGGAGGUCUCGAGAAGUUGAUGUCGAACCCGUCUCUCCGAAACAUGGCCGAGCGAAUGCAAGGUGGGGGCGGUAUGCCCGACAUCGAGUCGCUGAGAAACGACCCGGAGAUGCGAAAGAUGGCUGAGCAGUUCAUGGGUGGCAGGAAAUGA